CAAAAGUCGUUGUUUAUCAAAAAAUAGUGCCGUUUUGUGGAUCGCAAACUUUCUUGCCGUCGGAAUGAUUCCGUUCUUUCCUUCGCUGCAACCAUCGGCGGCAUACAACCUGUGGUUUGCCGUCGAUGAAUCGUACGACGAUGACGCAGAAGUCAGCACGAUGGAAGCGGAUCAUCAGGAUUGGCUUAAUCGCAUAGGACUGAUCGGAGCGGACUUAACGCCGAUCGGCAAAAGCUCAAGCGAGCACAUGGAAAACAUGGACACGGAAGAUGAGGAUGCAAACGAUGAGAGUGACGAUUCGGAUAAUUCAGACGAGGACGACGAUGAGAUGGAGGACAUGAACGGUCGUAACAUUAUCGGAAACGACACGGUUAUGGACGAUAUGGUUGGAAACGACACGGUUUAGUUCGGGCCUACGAUCGGCGGCACAGACGGGACCGCCUCAAGCACGGCCACCCGGAUUAUCCCAAAGCUGAUGGAGAGUGGAGCUCGUUGCGUGGAUCUCAGAAAACGGCGUCUGGGUUAGGGUGCGAAAGAACCGGCGAACGCAUCCCGUGCCAACGGUGUAAUCUUCUCUGUCUCGGCGAACAGGAUGCGGCCACCGCAGGAGAUCACCUUUACUGUGAGGGCCAGUUGUGUGAUAAGGCUGUAAAUUGUAGAGUUUCUCAUUUAGACCCUCGGCCUGUACCGUGUGACCGUGCAAAUGAAUUCCAAACAUUUUAUCUUUAAACCGCAAAAACUGUCGCUAGAACCGUUACGUCACCGAUCCUCUGAAACGCCAGAUCCACGAGAAAUGAGGCGUGGCGACCCACGUCGGGAACAGCUAGUGUAAUAUAUGAAUAAAACAAAAAUACAACCGAUUUGCUUGU